GCAAAAUAUGUAAACUGCAGCAGAAUAUUCUUUUUUCUAUAAAUUUAAUAGAUAAAAGUCAAGAAUUCGAGUAAAAAUGAAUGACAGCGAUAAAAAUAGGAUAUUAAGGGGAAAGUUGGAAAAUAUUCCACAGGAUCGCUCACGAUCUAUAAGAAUUUUUAUAUCAUCAACUUUUACCGAUAUGGCUGCCGAAAGAAAUAUCUUAAUGAUGGAUGUUUAUCCAAAGUUAAGCGAUUAUUGUAGAAAACAAUACGGUUGCGAUUUUCAAUUAGUCGAUUUGAGGUGGGGAAUACAAGAUCAGGCUGUGGAAGAUCACGAAACGGAAUUAUUAUGUAUAGAAGAGAUAAAAAAAUGCCAAAAGCUUUCUAUAGGACCUAGUUUUGUUGUUUUUUUGGGUCAGAAACACGGAUAUUGUCCCCUUCCCCGAAAAAUACCUGAGAAGCAUUUUAUUGCUUUUGAGAAGGUAGCAACAAUCUUAAAUUCAGAAGAAGAUUUACAAGCCCUUAAGGAAUGGUAUAAAUUGGACGAAAAUGCCUUUGAAUCAGAGUAUGUUGCUUGUUCAGUUAGUGAAAAAUAUCCCAACUUCUUAUCAGAGGAUAAGACGGAGAGAUCUCGUAGUAUUGGUGAAUGGAGAACGAAAGAAAAACAGUUAACUAACGCUAUAAAAGUUAUGGGUAGCUAUUGCGUCAAAGAAGGUUUCCUGUUAGAAGAAGACUGUAAAAUGUAUUUUAUGUCCAUGACUGAAAAAGAAGUUAUGGAAGGUCUAAAAAAUUCUCAAAAUCUUGAUGGAUGUGUUUGCUUUAUCAGACAUAUUGAAGAUCUCCAAGAGCAUUUAGAGCAUCCUGCUGAUAGAGUUUGGCGCUAUAUCGAUAUUCGAGAUGACCAAAUAGAUACAAACGCUCAGAGUUCCUUAUCUGCAUUAAGAGAUAAUAUUACUCAAAAGAUGCCAGAUUCAUUAAUCUUCAAGUCGAAUAUUAAAUGGAAUUGCGGUGGUAAAGGAGUUAAUGAAGUGAAACAUAGAGAAUAUUUGAGCAGAGUGUCCAAUCAAUUUUAUGAAGUUAUUUCACGUUUAAUAGACGAUGCCAUGACAAAACAAAAUGUUCUAGAUUCUGGAAAAGAAAGCCAAUUGCUCUUCAACGAGAUAAUUCAACAUUUACAUUCUGCUCUUAACCGAAUAAAUAUGUUCCAGGGACGAGAACAGUUCUUAACAAACAUACUAAAUCAAGUUAAAGAGUCUAAUACACCUAUAAUCGUUCAUUCGCCAUCUGGUUGUGGUAAAACCAGUGUUAUGGCAAUGUUAUCUAAAUUAAUUCCAACCUGUUUUCCCAACGUGGAACCAAUUGUUAUUGUUCGAUUUCUGGGAACGACUCCAUUCAGUUCAAAUAUUCGCUCUCUUUUAAGAUCGAUAUGCGAACAAAUUAGUAAAAUUUUCAAUUUAACUUACACAGAAACGUCUGAUUUUUCUGAAUUAAUUAAACAAUUUUAUCAACUUUUAAAUGAAAGUACAGAGAAAAGCCCUUUAAUCUUAUUACUUGAUUCCAUUGAUCAACUAUCUGUGGAAGAUGGUGCUCAUAAACUUAGCUGGUUACCUUUAAUACUACCCAAAAAUACUUACAUCUUAGUAUCAACGCUAUCGAAAGAAUAUGGAAUAUUAGAUAACUUAAAGGAAAGAUUACCGAAUGCUCAUUACAAUCCGUUAAAGAUAUUGGGUGGUCAAUUAUCAAUUGAUAUUAUAAAAGUAUGGUUGACAAAGUAUAAACGUAAAAUAACACAGGAGCAAGAGAGUUAUCUAGUUAAAAUGUUUUCGCAUUGUAGUUUACCAAUUUUUGUAAAAUUGGCAUUCGACAGUGCUCUAACAUGGAAAUCCUUUCAAAAAGUAAAGCCCCCGGAGAGAACAAAAUUUCUCUUAAAAAAAUCAUUCGGCAAUACUAAACAAAAGGAAAAUGAAAAUACUUUUGGAAUUGAAAAUUCUGUACAAGGAACAAUUCAUCAGUUAUUUAAACAGCUUGAGAAAAAAUAUGGAAGAUUAUUCGUUUGCAGGGCACUUGGUUAUUUGACUUGUAACCCGCAAGGCCUUAGCGAAAUGGAGAUGCAAGAUGUCUUAUCUUUGGAUGAUGAAGUUUUGGGGGAAGUUUUUCAAUACCAUAUACCUCCAGUUAGACGUAUACCAUCAUUCCUCUGGGCUAGAUUGAGGCAUAGUAUAUCUCCCUAUCUCACUGAGAGAGAAUCUCAUGGUACAACAGUUCAUUUCUGGUAUCAUCGUCAAUUUAUAGAGGUUGCAACAAGUAUGUACGUUGAACAUCAGAGAAAGAUUCUCCAUACAACUCUAAGUGAGUUCUAUUCUGGAACCUGGUAUAAUAAGCCGAAACCUUUUCAAUUUACAAAGCAGCAAGUAAAGCAUUUUAACUUGAAAUCAAAUAAUAGCUCUGCUCACAGAAACGUACCUAAUCAACCAAUCAUUAACCUUCGAAAUGGUACAAAUAUCAAUUAUAACCUAAGAAAAUUAUACUUUUUACCUUAUCAUUAUACCUUAUCUAAGCAGUUUGAUCUUCUAUUUAGUGAAUGCUUAUUUAAUUACGAAUGGAUAAAGAUAAAAUUAGUGGCGACUGGUAUAAAUAACUUAAUCGAAGAUUUUAGACAAGUCUCAGACGAUGAAGAGUGUUCCCUUGUUUAUCAGAGUUUGAGCUCGGUUCGAAACAUUCUACUUACUCAGCCAGACACCUUGAGCGUUGAAUUGAUUGGAAGAUUAUACGAACUGGCUGACGACAAAAGACCUAAAUUAAAAGACUUAAUUAAGCAAUGCCUAAAUACUAAAGAUUGCAUAAUUAAACCCCUACAUCAAUGUUAUCCUGGACCAGGAGGAGCUAGGAUAUUUUCCUUGCAGCAUAACAAUAUAAGACCGGGUGAAAAUAUUAUAUUCAGCUCUUUAAAUAAAAGUAGAAUAUCAACAAUAACUGAUAACAAUGACCUAGUAGUAUGGGAUCUUGAAACAGGAGUAAUUGACAAAGAGAUACCUCUACCUUCUUUAACUGAUGAUGGGUUUUCUGCAAAGCUUAAAGUCUAUUAUUUAGACAAGACUGAGAAACGAGUUACAUUGGCCGCGCCUUUUCACGAAGACAUAAAUAGAGUGUAUCAAUUACAUCUGGAAUCUUGCGAAUUAUUAAGAACAACUGUACUAGCUAAGUCUUUCCCAUCAGUAGGCUUUGUAACGAAUAUGCAAUUAUGGAGCAAAGCGAAUGAUUUACUUAUCUUUAUAAAAAAUAAGAUAAUAUCAAAGUUUGAUUGGAGUAGCGGUAACCUUUUGGCCGAGACCAACACAAACUCCCAUCAUUUUCAUAUAGAUGAUAAAAAUUCGUUUAUAAUUCUAACAUCAGUUGAUCAAAUAGAAUUAUUAAACUUGAAAGAUUUUACUACAGUUAAAACUAUACAAACAGAUACUCCAAUUUUCAAAUCAAUCUAUCACGAUCUAACAGAUUCUCUUUAUAGAGUGAGGAAUGACAAAGUCGUUGAUAUAUUAUCAUGCGAUAAAGAUGAUUAUGGAGGAGUAAUGAGUAAAAUUGAUUUAAGAAAAUAUGUCAAAUCCGAAGAAGUUCGAGAUUGUUUCCUACACGAAAAAUGGCUUUUUGUCGUUUUUAAAUUUACAAUUAUAUGCUGGGAUUUGAAAAUGAACAAGUUCGUUUCAAAAUUAACAAUACCUGACGUUGUAUUAAAAUCUUACAGUCACAAUUUAAAACAUUCUCUCAAUUGUUAUUCAAUUUACGAUGAUGAUAAGAUUAUCAUUGGAUUUGAUUAUCAUUUGUUAGCUCUGAAUAUUAUUAAUGGUAAGGUAUUACACAACUCCAUCAUAUCAAAAUUAACAAUAGAUGGCGUAUUCUCUACAUCAAUGAAAAAUUUAAUUGGUAUUAGCAGUGUAAGAAGCAAAAGUAUUGAUAUAUGGAGUUUUCCUAAAUUAUUAGAAAGAAAAGUCGAAGUGGGGCCUUUGAAUUUGAAGUGGUUCUGUAGGUUUGUUUCGUGUUCGAAAAAUUUUCCUCCAGUGGUCGUAACAAGGGGAAAAUCCACCGAGACUAGGGUAUGGGAUCCAGAAAAUUGUUGCAUUCUAUCAAAGCCAGCAGCUGUUUACGAAGAUGCUCAGAAUUAUUUCACUACACCUCCAAUAAUAUCCUAUGAUGGGAAGACAGUCGUAACGAGGGAUUGGAUACUUGGUCAGAAAGCUUUGUUGAAUAUAUGGGAUUCGCUUUCUGGGCGCCACCUAUGGAGUAUUCCAAUUGAUGUUGCUAGAUUGAAACGCUAUACAUUACAAAUGAAUUCUUCAAAUUCAAGAGUUUUAUUAACGCAUUUAGAAACUGCCCCUGAUCAGGAUGUUUCCACAAUGGCUUGGGACAUCAAGAAACGCUGCAAGAUACUUGAAUUUCCAAAUAAAGUUGGAGGAUUUUCUGCUGUGGAGACAACAUUAAAUGAUUAUGUAAUACUCUUACAGCAAUAUCCUCAGACUGCUGAAGGUCGAUCUUGCACUAUUACCGUCUAUAAUCUCAAACGGGAACUAAUUUUAACAAAGAAAAACAUUUUAAAGGAUUCCCUAACGGUAGUUCAAGAUGCUGAUAUAUUUUAUGUAGUUGAAACUGAUCCCCAUGAUCGAUUAGUGAAAAUAAGCAUAGAUUUAAACGGUCCGAAAGAGACGCCCUUGAAUAUUGUUCCCCAUAGGAAUUUAAACGUUUGUAAAGACGGUUCCAAGGGUAUUGAUGCAGACUGUUCUGUUUAUGAUAUUAAUAUGUCAAAGAUUAUAGCCAAAUUUGAAUCAGGAAAUGGUGUAAAAGAUUCUCUUGGGCCUUAUACUUAUCCACGACUUAGCUUUGAUGGAAGGAAAGCCGCCUGGCUAUCUCUUUCUAGUGAACAACUAACUGUAGCGUGUACUGCAACUAGCUCAAUUCUCGGUCGUUUUAGUACUCAUAGUACACCUCUAGCUUUCGACCUUACCGCGAGCGAUAUUGUGGUGAUUGGUUGUCAAGAUGGAAAGGUUUCCUUUUUAAAGAUUGCAGAUGAAAAAUCCACUGUUCAACUUCGAGGUAAAUCUUCGAAAAUAUGCGCAAUAUUAUAG